UGUGCGAACGAUGAUGACGACUUUGUAGAAAUAACAUACUAGUUGUUAGUAAAGUGGUAGUUAAUGUCUGUAAUACUUGGCUAAAUAACCAUACAAUACUUGAAGUUUUUAAUACGAUACACUCCAUUUUAAAGUUACUAAAAUAAUCAAAAUAAAGAAAAUAUAUUCGUUUUGAGUAAAUAUAUAAAAACAGCUUUAAGUUAAAUACAACGGAAAUAAAUAUAAGAAAUAAAUAAAAGCAAUUUAUAUAUUGUUUCAUGUUUAUUUCUGGGGUCAUAAAAAGUAAAAUUUUUGCCUGUAAUUUGAAACUAUUAUUUUGAAAAGGCUCGUUCAUAAUGUCAUAUUCUCAUUCGAACGGAGCUGAUGGAGGCAUUGGCGAUGCUGGUAGUCAUCGAGGUUUUUCGGGUGAUGAACGUGAGUCUCGAAGUGGUGGAGAAGAUGGUGGCGGAAGCGUUGGACGCAACGAUGAUAGUGACACAAUAUUACAUGAUAAACCCACCUAUUUGCUUGAGCACCUGGCGACGUUUACCGUAAAUAAAGAUUCCGGUAUUGUCUAUCCAGCAGACGGCAUGAGGCGUUUGUUACAAUUAGAGAAAACUACUGGUAUUUGGUCACAAAAGAUGCAAUUGUGUUUAGAUUAUCGUUGGGUGCUAAUAAUGGAUUAUGAAACAGGAAAUAUCAUUGAAAGAUUUCCUGCUACGCUUAUUCAAGAACCAACUGCUUUUACAUCUACAGAUGCUAUGGAAUUGUAUAAUAACAUAUUAGUAUUUAUUGUUUCUGGGGGCAGUGGAUCGCGUUCAGAAAUGCAUAUUUUUCAGUCACAAAGUGUUUCAGCUGUUCAUUUAGUUGAGGAUUUGAAAAACUUACAAAGAGGUAAUUUUGAUCUACAACAACGUGAAGUGAUGGCAUUACAAGGAAGUUCACGUCACAUUCAACAAUCUCAUAUCAUCAACCCUCAUUCUCAAGUAUAUAUGGAUUCCAACAGUAAUAGUGGUGGUAUGCAUGGUCAAAAUAAAGUCUCACAUUCCCGUAAUAAUGAACAACAUACAAGUUAUCAGCAACGUUCCAUGAGCAAAGAACAACAUAGCUAUUCCAUGCGAGUCGAUAAUGAUAAUGUAGCAGUAGGCUUGGCUGAAACGGAUUCAGAUCAUGGCGGAAUUCAUGAUUCACGUGCAUUAGGCGGAGGUGGUUUUGGCGGUGUAAAUUUAAAUGAUGAAACUAGUUCUGUGUCCAGUGAUAAAUAUGAACGCGAUGUUAAUGUACUUAAUCAUUGUUUUGAUGACAUCGAGAAGUUUAUAGCUCGUCUACAACAUGCGGCAGCCGCCUCUCGAGAACUUGAAAGAAGAAGACGCAACCGAAAAUCGAAGAAAAAAGAUCCUGGUGAGGGACUUUUGACAUUGCGUACACGACCACCACACGAAAAAGAAUUUAUUGACAUAUUUGCCAAGUUUAAGCUCUCUUUUAAUCUAUUAGCAAAACUUAAGGCUCAUAUUCAUGAUCCAAACGCUCCAGAGUUAGUACAUUUUUUAUUUACACCUUUGGCAUUAAUUGUGGAAGCAGCAAGCGAUACAUACUAUGAGUCUCAACUCCCAGCAAGGGUAAUAAACCCUUUGCUUACUCGAGAAGCUGUUAAUUUAUUGAUUAAUUGUGUAACGAGUAAAGAGACCGAACUUUGGCGCUCUUUGGGUGAUGCUUGGACUGUGCCAAGAGAUCAAUGGAAGGAUGAUGUUGGAUCUUAUCAUCCAGUCUUUUUAGAUGGCUGGUCUCCGGACUACUUAAUCAUUGAUGAAUUAGAAAAACCAAAUGCCAUGACUCCUCCACCACCUGCUAUUAUUAGCAGUAGCAAUAAACGUGUUCACGCAGAAAAUGGCCGUGAACUAGAUAUGGACAUGGCAGGGAAUAGUGGUUUGGCUACCCAUGAUAAUGCCGUCCUUAGUUACGAUGAUUGCGAUGAAAGUGAUAAAUACAACAUUGAAAACACAAUUGACACAACGGAUCGUUAUAGUGAGGUAGUUAUGUCAUACAAUGAUCACCAGCAAAAUACCAAAAAUCAUUCAAAUGUUGCAACAUCAAUGGGUAGUGCUGGAGAUGUGGGUGCUGUAGGAAUACAGGCAAUCACUACUGGAGUUCAAAAUCUUUACAAUCGUGGACUGCGUUCGACGACACAUAAAAAUAUGAUGGAUCAGAUAAACUCAUCCUCACUGACUACAGGAAGUCAUGCAGUGCCAGAAAUAUCAAGUAGCAUACGUUCCGGAGAUGAUGUAAUGGUGGAACAGUGGUUGGAGGAACUACAAGCGGCUGGUGCUAAAAUAGUAUUAGUAACUUAUCCUCGUACUGCUAAUAAUGAUAAAGAAUUAAGUGUGGUUCGUGGUGAAUACCUUGAGAUUCUAGACGACUCUAGAAAAUGGUGGAAAGCUCGAAACAUUCGUGGACAAAUGGCUCAUGUACCACAUACAAUUGUUACACCCUAUAACUAUGGUGAUGUGGAGACUGUUCGAAACCAAAACAUGUAUGACGGUCAUCACCAGCAAACUUCCAAUUAUACAAAACCAAGAAACUCUAGUGCAACCGACAAUUUUGAUUCCCGUACAUCUAGCAAUGACAACGCCGAUUGGAUACGUAACAAGCAUUUGGUUGUGUACACUAAGCCUAAUUCAUCUUUAACUGAAACCAAAAAAUCUAACUCGCCUGCUUAUUCUGGCUAUUCGGUGCAAGAAGAAUUAAAACACGUUUUGAGACAACGGGAACGGCGCAACGACCUUGACAUCCAUAAAACGUUAACAAAUUAUAUUGAUCAGAAGUCGAGUCCAACAGAAGUUGUUGCUUGGUUGAAGGCCAAAGAAUUUUCAACAAAUAUAAUCGAACGUAUUAAAGGACUAAAUGCUGAAGAAUUAUUUGCAUUAAGUCGUGAACGUAUUAUGGAAAUUUGUGACAGCAAUGAAGGAAAACGUUUAGCGUCACAAUUAAGUUUGCAGAAGAGUGUUUCUGGAUAUAAAACUGCACGGUCAGCUGAGUUACAUUCUAUUCUAGCCAAAGCUCGUCCAAAAUCCGAAACGAAUGUUAUAAACUAACAUACAAAUUGUUCGAAUUGUAGAAAAGAUAAGACUAUUUUUAUAUGAACUUGAUAUCGAUCUAAAAUUGUGGGUAUAGUAUAUUCGAAAACAAUUUAAUCAGAAUGUGUAAAGCAUUUAUCCGUCCAAAAAUGAAUGUGAAUUACAGUGGUGGCCAUGAGGUUAGUUCGUAACUAAAAAUUAUUUUUUAUGCGUAACACAUUUCCUUUCAGGAUCACGACACGUUACAUUUUGUUCCGCUAAUUUGUUGCAAAUGUUUUUUUUUUCCAAAGUAAAUUUGCCCCCAAAAAUA